AUGAAGCCAGGCGUACCAGACAUCGACUCUUCAUCCGACCAUCGCUUUCUAGAUGAGGAAAUUUCCAAAUCCCUUAUCCCCGUCCUCCAUAUCCUUGACAGCUUCAAUCAUCGCAACAAGAACCAGCACCGCGUCGCCCGCUGGUGGACGCAGUUCGACCUCCUUCGCCGCUCGGUCAGGAGGCUCGAAGACGCCCUCGUCCUCCGCCUCCGCAACACCCAAGCCCGGCACUUCAAAAAGCCAAAACAGCAAAAGGCUUCCAAGGCACAAAAUGCUCUAGAUGACGACAUCACCGCCAGGGUUCAAGUACUCCUAAACGUAACUAUCCCAUCGUCAUUUUUAGCCUUCACGCAACUGACUGCUGAUAACCAGCAUGCCGCCCUGGGCUUGGUCCUUUUGGGCGUCUUAGCCAGCAUAAACACUGCAAUUGCGCCUUUGGCACCUCAGCAGUCUGAGAAGGGCCCCGGAGAAGUGCCUGUCAUGCCGUCAGCUGCUCCCUUGGUGACCGCGUCUAAGAAAGAAGACGUCAACGAGCCCGAUCCGAGAGGACUUGGUGUAGUCAUCUCUCGGGACCAGUUACGCCUGGGUAUCAAGACCGAGCUUUGUGCUCCGGAAUCAGAGUUCAAGGACGCCACGAAGCCAAAGAAGCGGAAGGUAACUGCAGCACUAGAUGACAUAGGACCUGUCAAACCCGCCAAAGAUAAAAAAGCAGAGAGGAAACCGAAAAAGAAGACAUCAAAGAAGGGCGACGAAUUUUCAGACUUGUUUAGCUCUCUCAUGUAG